CAUCAACAACGGUCAAAGGUUUGUCUGUUAAUUUGACCAUACCUAUGAUCUUUAGCUACAGUUUUAUUUUAGCUAUCAUCUAGUCUACGAGAAGAAAACGUCAACAGGUUGACACCGCGCCGUCCUAUGGCCUACCCUAAAUCCCACAACCCGUUUGCAGAUGAUGACGAUGAGACAGAUUAUCGGCCUAAAAGUCGGGGGUUCGAUGAUGACUCCAUUGACAGUGGGAUGAGUGAAGCAGAGAGGAGACAGAGGUACCUCCAGCAGGAAGUGAUGCGUACAGCUAAGUCUGCUGUGGACAGCAGUCACCGUUCCCUCGGUCUCAUCUAUGAAUCAGAGAAGAUGGGUUUGGAAACUGCAGAGGAGCUGAUUCGACAGGGUGAGGUUUUGAAGAGGGCUGACAAAAUGAUGGACAACAUGGAUCAGGACCUGAAGACCAGUCAGAAGCACAUUAACAGUAUCAAGAGUGUGUGGGGCGGCCUUGUCAAUUACUUCAAGGCCAAGCCAGAGACAAAACCACCACCUGAGGAGCCAAAGGCCCGCCAGGCCAACGACAGAUUACAGAAUGCCAUGUCCAGCAGCAGAGAAUAUGAAGAUAAGUACCAAGCCAGCCACCCAAAUCUAAGAAAGUUGGAUACAGAAGGAUUUGGAGCUUCUGCAUCAAUAGGUGACAGCUCAUCUGGACAGAAUGGAUACACUGCGAACAGACACCUUAGGGAGGCUCACCAGACCCUCGACAACAAUUUAGAUGAGAUGUGCAGUGGCUUGAGUAGAUUGAAGAACCUAGGCCUUGGUCUCCAGUCUGAAAUUGAAGACCAGGACGACUCCAUUGAUUCUCUGAUGAAUAAAGUGGACAAGAUGGAUCUCAAGAUCCAUAACACGAACCAACAGAUUAAAAACCUCAAGUAAAACAAACAUUUGGACUCACCUUACAGAGACAAAAGAAUGCAACAGGUCAUCCUCUCACUUUGCUCUCUAUCCUGUCUUCUGUUGUAUAAACGGUGUUCUUUUACUGCUGGUUUUAGACAUUUUUAUCUAUAUUAUUUUCUUGUAUGGCUGAAAGGAAAUUUCCCAUUCAUUUCGUAUUUGUUCAUAAAUACCUACUGCUACUCAGUUACAUGUUGAUAAAAUGAUUUCUUCCACCUCAAAAUAACUGAUUUGUUAACUAAUACACACCUUGAAUGUUUUUUCUUUUUUUUUUUUUUAAAUCAAGCUCCACUGGGUAGCUGGAUGUUUGUUUUGGGUGAUUAGAGUUUGAUCAGUUUAAUCAGCUUUUCUUGAUCUCCAAAGAUGUACAAUGGACUACUUUAAAUGUAUUAAUAACUUAGUGAACAGACAAGAACACGGCAUCUAAAACUGGAAUGUUUGGUGUGUAUGGUUCAUAUGUCAGUGCUAACUUCCUGGACCUGCCUCCACAUAUGUACUUAAACACUUUGGGAGCUCAAGUCACUUUUGCCUUACACAUUAUGUGUAUGUACAGUAGGCUAGCUUUUGGUUCUGUGCCAUGCUUUUGUCUCCACUGACUUUUCACCAUGAAUUUUUUAUGUACAUUCAUGUUCUUCAGUGCUUUCCCUAGGUUUAUAUACAUUGUUUAUAUUGAUAGAUAUUAUAUUGCAGAAUGUGAUUGAGUGAAUUAUUGUACAGCGUAAAUAAUGUGAACACACUAGCUCUGAAUAUUAACUCAAAACUGAAGGAACAUUUAUCUGAAGAUAUCUUUCCCUAGGAUACAUUUAAGCGUAGAUGAACCACUUUAAAGUUUUUCUUUUAGAAAUGUAAACACGUUACUCUAAUUAAAACAUUCAAUAAUAAGAAAACAAAUGAGGAUUCAUGGUUAUCAAUUUUUUUUCAGUUUCAUAUUUGCCUGUAUAUCAUGUAAUCUAAUCAAAACCACAUACCCAAUAAAAACAUUUAUAAGGGGAG